GUCCUGGCAAAUUGAAGAGCCUUUAAAAAUUCACCUGGCAGAUAGACGUAGUCGAUGUUCUGAGGGGCAAUGCGGUUCACGACAGUCAGCACCGCUGCUCGCACUGGUUUAAUCCGAGUGAUCUGAAAGACUCGGGGUGGUGUCUGGCUGGUUCCCUACAUCCAUAGACACGUGCUAUCGAACGUAAUAAUAUAUUUCAAAGUGAACAUUUUGGCACCAGAUCAGCGUACCGCAUUGGCCCAGUAUCAGUGUGACGUUGCUGGAGCACUUUGUGCCCUGAAAUGUGAAGAACGCUCUUUAAACGGGUCUGGAUGACAAUCACAGCGAAGAGGAUAUCCGACCCCACGACAGACAAGCCGUACUUCAUCCUCACGGAGCUUCUGGAGGACAAAGCUGAUUUUGAGGAAAGUCAGAUCAAUGUCAGAAUCACUGAUGGCGCGCACUUUUGGCGCAAAGAGGGUCAGCGCAGGCUGUCACAGCCGGACAAAUGGAUGGCGAAUACUUACAGAGCCAUAACAAGCCCCACGGCAGAGAGCUUUGAGUAUCAGUUUUCAGAACGGGAUGGAAAUCUGAAGUUCACCAUCAGAUGGCGGCAGCCUGGAAUGACCGGGAGGGUCAAGGCAGACAUAGUUCUUCAAUUAUGUGAGGGUCCGGAGCACAUGCGCUCAUUGCUGGACUGUCUCUUUGGCACCCUCAGUAGUCUCCAGGUGUCACAUGACGCCCAUGCAAAGAGCGUGGCAGACUUCAAGGAGGAGGCCCUGAGGAACAGCAAGCUGGUGGAAGAGUAUGCCACGCAUAAGGAGGCACGCGAAGAAGAAUUGUAUGCCAAGUUUUCAGCUGUGCUCAACGAGAAGAAGGCGAAGAUGAGGGAGUUGAAACACCGCGUAGAGGACCUGGAGCGGAAGCUGCAGGAUGACGAGCGAUCUGAUGCCACAGACGCUGGCAGCCAGGGUGCGCGGGGAGCUUUGGAUGAGUACAACAGCGUCUAUGAUGCUGAGACAGAACCCUCAGAAGAGAACGAGGCAGCAACGCUGCUGCCCAUGCCAGACACUAUUGGGCAGCAGACACAAAGGCCUCAGCAGGCAGCCAGCCUGAUGGAUGCUGAAGCCACCACCAGUCGCGUCUUCACCCCAGCAGAGCGAGCUGCCAUGCUGGACGCGCCGACGCAGUCUCAGGAGGUGGCAGAUGAUGAUAUGGAGCCAGCGCCAGACAGGGAAAUCGAAGACAUGCCAGUUGCAGGCCCAGCUGCCCCUGCCAAGCCUCGCACCAUUACUAAGCGCCGCCGGAGAUAGCCUCGGAAUGUGUUCACAGCUAGCAGCCACUGAGUGGGAGCAUUGUCCACGAUUUGUACUGUGCUACACAGUUGACAGACUCUCAAAUGAUAAGCUGGAACAAUUGUUGGAUGUCCCAUACAUACAGCUGCAGAGUACUGAACGCUGACUGGCGCCGGCGGUCGGCCCGCCGGCCUUGCUGCAGCUUGAAGACAUGACAGUCAAUUUCCUUCAGGGCUGUAUGUGGCACUUGCCAGCUGUGAACUGAGACUGCCUCUAUUGCAGAGUAUUACAUAAUAUUUAUGUUGAACAGCGCUGCUGCCGCUGCCGCAGCGGCUGCCAACGGCACCCACUGUGGCACAGUUGGGGCACCCUUUGGUAGUAUCAAUUUGUGUAAUAUCAAAAUGAAUUCAGG